AUGGCUCGUGAUAAAUUCCAAUUUCGAUCCUUUCAAAGUGGUGUCGUAUCAAAUCAAAAUCUCUCACUUGGGUAUAUCCGCCUUCUUCUUCUUCAACAACAACAACAAUCUCACUCUCAGAGCCAACUGUACCGAUACUUCUCCUGGAGCUCGAUGUCUCAGUCUAUCCAAUUCUCCACUCCUUCACGCACUCCUCACCUUCUCCACCUCCCUCACUCACGCUUCCACCGUCCUCUCACUUCCUUAUCCUUCCGCCAAUCCCCUCUCAACUACACCUCCAUCAGAUCCCUCUCCCCUCCCUCUCUCAAACCACAAGAGAGAUCCGUCGUCGUAGCCGCCGCCGUUUCCACGGACACAUCGGGGAUAGAUGUAGACACCGUGACGGAAGCGGAGCUGAAGGAGAAUGGAUUCAGGAGCACGAGGAGGACGAAGCUGAUCUGCACCAUCGGACCUGCCACGUGCGGGUUCGAGCAGCUGGAAGCGCUCGCAGAGGGAGGCAUGAACGUGGCGAGGCUCAACAUGUGCCACGGAACGAGGGAGUGGCACAGAGAUGUGAUACGUAGCGUUAGGAAGCUUAAUGAGGAGAAAGGAUUCGCGGUUGCUAUCAUGAUGGAUACUGAAGGUAGUGAGAUUCAUAUGGGAGAUCUUGGCGGUGAAGCUUCUGCUAAAUCCGAGGAUGGUGAGGUUUGGACUUUUACUGUUAGAGCCUUUGAUUCUUCUCGCCCUGCACGUACCAUCAGUGUGAGCUAUGAUGGUUUCGCUGAAGAUGUAAGAGUUGGUGAUGAGCUUCUGGUUGAUGGUGGAAUGGUGAGAUUUGAAGUGAUUGAGAAGAUUGGUCCUGAUGUCAAGUGUCUGUGUACCGACCCUGGACUGUUGCUUCCUCGAGCCAACUUGACUUUCUGGAGAGAUGGAAGUCUUGUACGUGAGCGUAAUGCUAUGCUUCCAACAAUCUCUUCCAAGGACUGGUUGGAUAUUGAUUUUGGAAUUGCUGAAGGUGUGGAUUUCAUUGCUGUAUCGUUUGUCAAGUCAGCUGAAGUAAUUAAUCAUCUUAAAAGCUAUCUCGCUGCUCGUUCCUGUGGAGGUGACAUAGGAGUGAUUGCAAAGAUCGAGAGUAUUGAUUCUUUAACAAACUUGGAAGAGAUUAUUCUGGCAUCAGAUGGAGCCAUGGUUGCAAGAGGAGAUCUAGGAGCUCAGAUACCACUUGAGCAAGUUCCAGCAGCUCAACAGAGAAUCGUCAAAGUCUGCAGAGCGCUUAACAAACCCGUCAUUGUUGCUUCUCAGCUGCUCGAGUCCAUGAUCGAGUAUCCAACUCCAACCAGAGCAGAAGUAGCCGACGUGUCUGAAGCAGUAAGGCAAAGAUCAGACGCGUUGAUGCUCUCUGGAGAAUCAGCUAUGGGUCAGUUCCCCGACAAGGCUCUCACGGUUCUCAGGAGUGUCAGUCUAAGGAUCGAGAGAUGGUGGAGGGAAGAGAAACGUUACGAGUCUACACCACUUCAACCCAUAGGCUCCGGUUUUUCAGACAGAAUCUCUGAAGAGAUCUGUAACUCUGCUGCUAAAAUGGCAAACAACCUCGGAGUUGACGCGGUUUUCGUCUACACAAAGGACGGGCACAUGGCGUCCUUAGUCUCCCGGUGUCGCCCGGACUGUCCGAUCUUCGCUUUCACGAACACAACCUCAGUGAGAAGACGCUUAAACCUACAAUGGGGACUGAUCCCAUUCCGGCUAAGCUUCUCAGAGGAUAUGGAGAACAACUUGAACAAAACAUUCUCGUUACUGAAAUCAAGAGGUAUGAUCAAAUCUGGUGACCUCGUGGUCGCAGUCUCUGACAUGUUGCAAUCAAUCCAGGUAAUGAACGUUCCAUAGAUUCACACUCUCUAUCUCUUUUACAAACACUGUUUUGUUUCCUACUUUGUUGCUCCGUAGACUUUCCUCUACAUUAGUUUCCAAGGCAUCAUCGUUAGUUCGGUUUUUGUUAACAGUGGAGGUUGACAUGAGUGUAAGCUUUGUUUAUUUAUUUUUCUGGCUUUCAAUAAUACCAGUAAUAAUAUUUCGAUUUUA